CAUGAGUUCAGGGAAAGAGAAACUGAAAGUUAAGUUGAGCCGUUGUGUGUUUGUGCCUUUAUAUUCAAGCAGUAAAAUGGCAGAAGCCAGAGUUUUUCAGGAUGAGUUCUUGUGUCCGGUGUGUCUGGAUCUUCUGAAGGAUCCGGUGACCAUCCAGUGUGGACACAGUUACUGUAAGAGCUGUAUUACAGACUGCUGGGAUGAGGAGGAUGAGAAGAGAGUCUACAGCUGUCCUCAGUGCAGACAGACCUUCAGCACAAGACCCGCUUUAGCUAGAAACACCAUGCUGGCUGAAGUGGUGGAGAAACUGAAGAAGACCAAACUCUCUGCUGACUGUGAAGCUGGAGCUGGAGAUGUUCAGUGUGACGUCUGUACAGAAAGAAAAUACAAAGCCGUCAAGUCCUGUCUGGUGUGUCUGGAGUCUUACUGUCAGAAUCAUCUCGAGCAACAUGAGAGUUGGUUUAAAGGAAAGGAACACAAUCUGACCGAAGCCACUGGACGACUGCAGGAGAUGAUCUGCCAGAAACACAAGAAGAUCCUGGAGGUUUUCUGUCGCACUGAUCAGAAGUGUAUAUGUAUGAUGUGUACAAUUAUCGAACAUAAAAACCACGACACUGUAUCAGCUGAAGACCAGAGGACAGAGAACCAGAAUCAGCUGAAGGAGACUCAGAAGACGCUCCAGCAGAGAGUCCAGCAGAGAGAGAAAGAUCUCCAGCAGCUGAGAGAGACUGUGGAGUCUCAUAAGCGCUCUGCACAGACAGCAGUGGAGGACAGUGAGAGGAUCUUUACUGAGAUCAUCCGCUCUAUUGAGAGAAGACGCUCUGAGCUGAUACGACUGAUCAGAGAUCGGGAAAAGCAAGCAGUGAGUCGAGCUGAAGGACGACUGGAGCGACUGGAGCAGGAGAUCAAUGAUCUGAGGAGAAGAGACGCUGAGCUGGAGCAGCUUUCACACACACAGGAUCACAUCCAGUUCCUGCAGAGUUUCCAGUCUCUCUCAGCUCCUCCUACAUCUACAGACGCAAAUGACGAUCCCUUUAUUGCUCUCCUCUCUUCUGAUGAUCUGAGAGAAUCUGUCCUUCAGCUGAGAGACAAACUCCAGGACUUCUGCACAAAGGAGCUCCAGAAGAUCUCAGACAGAGUCACAUCUGCCAGGAUCAGGAACGACUUCCUACAAUAUUCCCAGCAGCUCACUCUGGAUCUGAACACAGUGAAUGAUUGGCUUCUUCUGUCUGACAGCAACAGAGUGAUUACUAACACUAACACAAAGCAGUCUUAUCCUGAUCAUCCAGACAGAUUUGACAGGUGGUCUCAGGUGUUGUGUAGAGAGAGUGUGUGUGGACGCAGUUACUGGGAGCUGGAGUGGACUGGAGAUAAAGGUGUGCGUAUAUCAGUGUCAUAUAAGAGCAUCAGCAGGAAGGGAGGUGCUGAAUGUUUCUUUGGAUAUAAUGAUCAGUCCUGGAGUUUGUCCUGCUCUUUCUCCAGUUACUUAUUCAUACACAAUAACAGAAAGACUGUUCUCCCUGUGAAGUCCAUCAGCAGUAGAGUAGGAGUGUUUGUGGAUCACGGAGCAGGAACUCUGUCCUUCUACAGCGUCUCUGACACAAUGACCCUCAUCCACAAAGUCCAGACCACAUUCACUCAGGCGCUCUAUCCUGGGUUUUGGGUUAGUAUUGGAUCAUCAGUGAAACUGUUGAUCUGUUGAUGAGAUUCUACCCAUAACGCUUUGAGCUGCAUGAUGAAUCAGUAACAGCGAGACGUCUUUUCUCCUCACGACACAAACGUCUGUCCCUGAAAUAAAUGUGUAAUAAUUCAUUGUUUCUGUGCUUCUCUCUGUUUGCAUUGACUGAAAUCAGUCUUUUUUUUUGAUCACAGAAAUACAGUGCUUCAUUUUGCAAG